AUGAAUUUUCUGAAAAUAUAUAAUGAUAGUACACUGCACACUACUCAAGAUAAGAUAAUGUCAAAGACUAUGAAUUCAUUUGUUGGUUCAUAAUCUGAUUUUAGUUAAUCUGAAAAGGUAUAGAGAAACAAAGUAAUUGAAAACUUAAAUAGAUAAAUAUAAGAGGGUUUUAAUAAUCUUCAAACCAAAAAGAAUAGCCUCAUUAUUGAUGAUCAUGAAGUAUUUGAUCGAAAUGAGUUAUCAUCUUACAUGAAUGAAAAGACCAUUUCAUACCAUAAAAAGAAAAUGAUUGUAGACAAGGAGAUGCUCAGAAUAAAGAAAUUAUCAAGGAAUAAUCAACUACCUAAGAAUUUAACAACAACAAGCUUUUACUAAACAUCCAAACCAAAUUUUAAUCAGCAUAUUACCAGUAUGACAAUAUGUCACAAUAUUUCUGAUCUCAAACUCUAGAGGAAUGUGGCUUCACAAAAAGAAGUAAGGCCAAACUCUGAUCUUAAAAACUACGAAACUAAGAGGAUUAGUUAAAUAAGGAAGAUUUAAACUUAAAAUGGAGCGACAUAAUCUAGAGAAAAUGAAUCUUCUGAUAAAAUUUCAAUCAAUCCUUUGAUUGAUUAAAAGAUAGCAAAUAAAAAGGGAGUAAUUCCGAAGAUAUUUAUGCAAUUCAAGAAGCAGAUGGACAAUGAGAAAAACAAAAAGAAGGUUGAGAUUUAGGAUGACUAUAUAAGACUUAAAAUUAAAAUGCUUUAAAAGGCUAAGAAACUUAACUUUUUGCAUCAAACUGGAAAUAAAGAAUUGAACUUGCAUAUUCCUUGUAAAGUUAAGCCCAGGAAAGCUGAAUAUAAAAUAAUCAAAUAGCCUUUCUCCAAUAUCAAAUAUGCAGUUCUAUUAGCUCCAUCACCUUUGAUGUCAACAAAUAAAUAGCUUAAGAGAGAAAUCCUAAGUUAUAGUAUGUCUGCUGACAUAAAGCCAUCACCAUAGGUGCUUCAUAGUUUUAAAGUGCCUAGAACUGAAGUUACUGAUAUUCAAAAUAAUGCAACACUUAUUAAGACAAACCAUAAAAAGUACAAUGAUAAAGUUCCAAUUCCUUUUUCAAACCAUCAGCUCCCCCCCAAACCAUAUAUCAAGCAAUAAAGAAGCCUACAAAUGUAAUCAUCAGAAGUUAAAGACUAGUCAAUUAUACAAUCAAAUGAUAGUAGCAGGUCUAAAUCAUAGAGGUCUAAUUAAUCUCAGAAUAACACAGGUCGCUCCCUUCCAUCCUAAUCAAGCUUUAGAAUUAAGCAAAUGAAAAUGGUUUAGAAAAUCUAUCUUAAUAAAUCAAUCAAGGAAUUUAGGAAGUAACUAGAAAAUAUAAUCGGUGAUUAGAAAAGAAAAAUGCAAGACCUAGAAGAACAAAAUUCAUAUUUUAGGUAACUUGCCAAUGUCUCUAAUAAAGCAAGUAAAAUACUAUAUAGUGGUCACUUCUAUGAAAUUAAAAGGAGAAUAUCUCGGUCUUUUACAAGGAAGGAAGUUAGUAAUCUGUAAAAUUACAAGUCUCUAAUUAUUCAACAGGAAGAAUAAUAAAAGGUUAAGGCAAAGGAAAACAUCAGAGAUUAGCUCUGCUAGCUAAGAGAAUAGAGAUAUGGACUUUAGGAGCUUCUUUUUUAUCUAAAGAAACUUAAAAAGUAGAUGAAAAGAGAAAAAACUAUCAAAUAGAAAUUUUCAAAAGAAAAAACUACUUAUAAUGAAAUUGAAGAAAGCAUAGAACUCGCAAAUAUACUUAAGACAAAAAUUAAAGAGAUUUAAAAGAGGCUUUAUCAUGAAAGCUAAAAGUUGCUUGAUCUUGGUAUUGAGAUAUGUAAGGAUGAGACUGCCAAUCCUUUAAAAUUUACAGCAUCUUUCUCAAAUAAGGAGUCACAAGUAUUUGUAAAGUAAAUAUAUGACGAUGAGAAUCUCUUUGUAAAAAGGAUGAAAAGUUAACAAAGUCGAUUCGCUAAGUCACCUACAUUAGAAAAGAAAGUGAAAAAAGCCAUGAUGAAGAGGGCUGAGUUAGAAAGACUAAAAAAGGAAUAAGAAGAACAAGAAAAAGAGAAGUAAAGUUUGGUUGGCAAAAAUGUCAUUUUCAAAGCUUUCAAUAAAAGGAUUUUAGAAUUGUAAAGAAAAGUUGGUCCUGUAUUUAUGAAGCCUUCUUCAUUGGAUACAAAUAUUCUUAUUGAAAACUUUAAACUAGAUUAGAAUUACUUUGAGCCUGUUAAUACACACAUGAUGACAUUGCAAAAGUAACUUGGCCACAUAACAUAACUAGGCUUCAAUCAUAGAACAAGAAAUGCAAUAAACGUUGUUAAAUUUAAUACAGAGCCUAGAGCUAAUUGA